CCGCGAAGUAGGUAGGUGGAUUCCCUACUUUGCAACCUCUAACCAAGGACAAGAGGAAAAAUGUCAGUCCUCGCAGGCGUCCCGGUAUCAAGUCUGAACUUUACAGCUAAUUGUACUGGCGUCGGUCUUCUAUUCGGAUCUCCGGACACCGCGGCUGACUCCGACGUCGGCAAGCCACAACCGGAGUUCAUACGUCUCGCCCUCCCCGACCAGUACCGCGAUAAUGUUACCACCGCGGAGCUCCAGGAUUACAUCGACAACUACCUCUUCCAACCUGCGGGGGAUUUCACGCCGGCCAUGAAUGGGGCGACCAUGGAGCGGGCGAAGAGGACGUGCUGGAGAAACAUAUGCAAUACUGCGUAUGCCAAAUUCGCCGGACAAUCGGAUACCGGCGGCAUCGGGAUGAUUGUUGCGUAUUUUCUGGAGACAAUUCUAUUUACGACUUUCGCAAUCUUGCAUAUGAUCGAAACGUCAAACAUAUCAAAGUAUCGGACGGUGCGCACCAUAUUCUUUGACACGUGCAUCGCCUUCUCCCUCCCGGUGUCGGUUGCAUCGAUGGUUUUCCUCGUGACGGCCAAAACCCUCUACGAGGUCUCCUUCAUAGCGCUAAUUCCCAUCAUCGCUGCGAUCCCAACGCUCCCCAUCGCCUGCAGCAUGUGGAAGCACGCACCGCCCGGAGCGGCUAUAGGUGGCGAGACGCGUGAGAACUUCCGGCACGCACUGGCGGUGAUCUGCACCAUUCUCGCGUGUACAGUGGCUUCUGCGGCGGGAAUACUCGCGGCCAGCAGCGGGGAGAGAUACCCGGACCACACGUGCGAGUCGCCCCUGUUCAAAAGCAGGCACUUCUUCUACGUCGUGGGGGUGUUUCCCUACUCGUACACAUUGGCUUCCUUGGUGGUGGGGUUACGCUUCUGGUUCGGGAGAGUAAAGAAAUCCAAUCCGCCCGACACCCCGCCCGUCGAGAACGGGCCGUCGGAAACAGCCGCUGAGGUGAUAAAGCCCGCUCAGUGGAGAUGGAACAAUGCAACCAAGAAGCUUCAUAUCGUGAUCAGCCUGGUUUGGGGAGCUGUCGGGUUAGCGAUCAUAACAACAAUGAAAGUUGGGAUCAAACAGAUGGCGGGCAGAGAGGCCUAUGCCGAGGAUGUGUGGACUUUUGGGCAGAUCGUGGCGGUUUUCUUGUGGCUACCCGUGCUGUUGGAAGGAGGCUAUCUGAUUUUUGGUCCCUCUUUUUCGAAACAAAUUCUAGACAGGAUAGAGCAGCAGCGGCAGCGGGGAAAAGAAUGAUACUUGGCCCCUUCCUCUCUGUUACUAUUGGCAAGCUGAAAGAUUACUCAGCAGCAGGGCAGUGGGGAGAUUAGUGGAGGCGAUGGGUGGUGUCCGACUAUCUCGAAGGGAAAGAAACCCCAAGGGCCAAGCCCAGGUUGGAGGUGGGAGAGUGUACAAAGGAUUUAGGGCCCUGAUAUUUCGUUGGCGGAGCACCGGGGC